UUCUCGUAUUGGCUCUUUGCAGAGAAAUUCCUGGGCCAGCACAAUCCCGGACAUCGUAACAGCACCAGCAGCGAGGCAACCAGCGAGGACAUAAAUUCCAGCGACGAGCACCUAAACAAGUCCAAAUGCCGAGUGGGCAACAAUCCGGGCAAUCAGCAAAGUAGCGGCAACAACAACAACAAGUCGCGCUCGAAGCGUCAGCAGAAGGCGCAGGCGUUGAAGCAGACGGCUGGACAGGUGCAAGUGCAGAUACAGGUGCAGGUGCCACAGGAGCAACAGCAGCCGAAUAAUAAAGCUAACGGCAAGUGCAAGGGCAAGUGGCGCAACAACAACAAUAACAACAACAACAACAACAAUAAUAACUGCAACAACAACAACAACAGCAACAACAACAACGGCAACGGCAACAACAUGAAAUUCAACAGCUCCAAUUCAUCAUCCGCUGUGAGCUCACCUGGCGGCUCACCCCUUGGCAGCAGCUGCAGCAGCAUACGCCACAACAAUAGCAACAGCAGCAACCAGUACAACAACCAGCGCAACAACAACAACAACAAGCAUGGAGUCAAAUCGAUUACGAGCUGGCAACGCGAAGAGCGCCAGCUGCACAAGGCCCAACAGCGCCAGAAUUUGAAUUUCCUGGUGCCGCCGCUGCGUCAAUACGAGCGCCUGGACAUCGAUGAUGGGGCGCUGAUGCGCCAGCUGCGUCGCUAUCUGAUCGAUCAGAAUCUGUUGCGCGUCUAUGGGUUCCCGGUGGCCAGUGUGGUGCACGACGGCGCCAUUGAGAUCUUCAAGUGUCUGCCGCACAUGAGCUUUGCGGCCGCGCAUGUGAUGGCCGUGGCCGAGUCGGCAUUGACGGUGAUCAAUUGCCAUGAUGGCCUGAAUACGAGCAAUUUCGAAUAUGCUGCAAUAUCCACUGAUUCGGGCAAUAUAUCGCCACGUUCGAUCGACUCGGAAUCGGGAGGCGAAUGGAGCGGCAGCGAAUGCGAAUCGGCACCGAGUGCCGAGAGCAGCUAUGGACUGGAGCUGUAUUGCAACUACCCGACGGUGGAGCGCACCCUGGCCAAGGAGUGUGUGCGCUGCAAGCGCGAGUUUCUGGUGGACGACCAGAGCGGACAGUAUUUGACGCGCGAGGAGUGCACAUACCAUUGGGGCAAAUACCAUCGCUGCUACGAUGGCAAUGUCUGGGUGAGCCGCUGGACCUGUUGCAAUGGCACCGAGGAAUCGGAUCCCGGUUGCACGCAUCACGAUCUCCAUGUGUGGACCGGAUCGGUGGUGGGCGUGAAUGGGCCCUAUCAUGAUUUUGUCCAUACACGACCGCGCAGCGGCACGUCGGCCCGCAACCGUGAGCCGCCCGCCGUCUAUGCGCUCGACUGCGAGAUGAGCUAUACGGGCCGCGGCCUGGACGUCACCAAAGUAUCGCUGGUGGCCCUCAACGGGCAGCUGGUGUACGAGCAUUAUGUGCGGCCGGAUGCCGAUAUUGUUGACUAUAAUACACGCUUCUCGGGCGUCACCGCCAAGGAUCUCAAGGCGAACGGCUGCAAGUCGCUGGCCGAGGUGCAGCGCGAUCUGCUUGAGCUGAUCGAUGCGGACACCAUACUGAUCGGCCAUGGGCUGGACAAUGAUUUGCGCGCACUGCGCAUUGUCCACAAUACGCUGAUCGACACAUCGAUUGCGUUUCCGCACACAAGCGGAUUCCCCUAUCGUCGGGCCCUGCGCCACCUGACCAAGACGCAUCUCAAUCGCGAGAUCCAGAGCGGGGACGGUGCCACCGGACACAGCAGUUUCGAGGAUUCGCGCGCCUGCAUGGAGCUGAUGCUGUGGCGUGUGCGCCGUGAGCUGGCCGCCGGCGUUGCCUGGGAGGAUUAGAAGAUAUGU